AUGUCGGGACAUUAUUUGCUGUUGGCCGUGUUCUCCUGCCUGCUUCGGAAUGGAUCAGUCGAUGUUCCCACAUACUGGGCUGUAUUUGAAGGGAAACGAUAUGGAAAUGUCUCAGAAGAAAUGAACGGGGUGGACAUUUCGCACUGCAGUAUCUCAUGCAUGAAGCACAAUGAAUCUCAUCCCUGUCAUGCAUUCAACUUCAGGGAAGCUGAUGGAUCAUGCCAGCUGAUUCGCAAAAGCAAGAGCCAUAUCGUCAAAUCUGAAGGGUACCAGGCAUAUGUUCAAUUCCUAUGCCUCACGGGCUACCCAAAGAUACAGAAUGCUGAGGAAGCUUUCCAUGGUUGGAGUGGGGCAUAUCCUGCCCCACGAGGAGGUCAGGUGACAUUCAAAUGCAAACACCCACGAGGAUUCACUGAUGAUCACAAGGUACACAUGGCCACCUGCGCCUCCAUGCGACCUGAUGCAUGGUGCACCACAUUCACUGACCAUCAGACGACGAUUCUCUGUCCACCUCCACGCCUGCCGGAAUGCAAGAUGAGCCAGAAGGGAGGGGAAUACGCGGGUGUGAAGAACAGGACCAUUUCAGGCUUCGCUUGCGUACCCUGGCUAGAUCCGGAAGGAAGAGAAGGGGACAUUAUGGUUGAGGUCCGUGAAGGGUCGUUCCCAGAUGAAAUUACAAGUAGCCACAAGUUUUGUCGCAACGCGAACGGAUAUCCAGGUGGUCCUUGGUGCAACAUCAAAGAUUCCCUGAAGUGGGAGUACUGCGAUGUCCCAUUCUGCGAUUUUGACGAUUCUGGAGGAAGUAGCGAGUCUGGAGUCCAAUCCGAGUCAACAAGAGGAGUAAUGCAGCCCAAUUACAAAGAAUGCCGGCUUACGGAGAUGGGGAAGGAGUACAGCGGUAAAGAGUACAAGACAGAAACAGGAAAGGGAUGUAUUAAGUGGACGUCUGUGACCGAACGAGCCUUUCCGUUAACAAGUUUCAUUUUCUCCCACCUACCAUUCCAAGAUCGCCAGAACCAUGGACUGCCUCAGAAGAUCAGUGAUUUCUUGCACCACUGGAUUGCAUCAGAAAGCGAUAACAGAAACAGAAACGACUUCGGCGUAUGCCGUAAUUUCGGCUCGAAGGAGCGGCCCUGGUGCUUCGUCUCCCUUGCGAAUUCCACCUGGGAGUACUGCGACAUCCCGUUCUGCCCUGGUCCCAAUGGUUUGCAAAUCUUUCAUCAAGAGGCUUCCUAA